AUGUGUUUCAGAUAUGCAGGAACAUAUUGUAAAAAUGUCACAAAAAAGGUUGGAGAUUAUUAUAGUGCAUUUGUAGCUUUGAGAGAUGGUAGCAAUGUAAUCACUGAUCCUCAUGAUACAUUUGAAACUUUAUUGACCAGUAUAGAAGAAUUUAUGGAUUUCAAAGAUGAUGUUAUUGGAUGUUACUUAAAACUUGGGAAUAGAUGGAGUGAAGUGUCCUUAAAUGAUUCCACAUUCAUGGCAUUCGCACCAGAAAUAAAACAUGUCAAAUAUAUAUUAACAACAAGUUCCUUUUUUAUUAUAAACGUGUUAUUGACCAUUCAUUUUUUCUUAAAAUUAUUUGAUAGACUAUCAUCUGAUUUAUUACAAGUUCUUGAAUCAACACAAAAUUAUGAUGUUCUAAUAAAAGUGGGUGGUGGUGACAAUCUUUAUGCUGAAGAUUUCAAUGGAAAUAAUGGCAAUGAUUUAUUAGAAGAGGAGUUCAUGUUGGAAAAAACAUUAAAUAAAUGUAUUCCUCUAAUAAGGUAUUUUCAUAUUUCAGGAGAUGACUAUUUCAAAAAAGUUUUUCCAUUUAAACGUAUCCUGCCAAAAUCAUUGAAAAAAGAUAUUUAUGGCUAUUUUUUAUCAGCAAAUUAUCGACCAAAGUCGAUAAUUCUACCACCAAGAAUUUCACCAAUCGAUUCUACCAUAGUAACAAAUAAACAUGCUUCAAUGAUUGAAUUUUGGAUGCAAAAUCUUAUUAAUAGUAAUAUUACUAUUGGUACCACCAUCAUUAAUAACAGUAAUCCAAUCAAUCCAAUUACUAAUCAUGGUACACAUUCAAAACGUCUAGAUUAUGAUUGGAAUUUACUGUUUAGAGCAUCAAGAGAUGGAUUUACAUCAGGUGAUUUUCAUUCAAAAUGUGAUAACAAAGGAAGUAGCAUUGUAUUGAUAAAAAUGAGAGGUCAUCCUCAAAUAAUUGGCGGGUAUAAUCCAGUUGGGUGGUACACAUCAAGAUGUGGAUACCAUCCAACAGAAGACAGUUUUAUAUUUUCAAUGAAUUUUGACGAGAACAAUAAUUUUGAUAAAUGUUGUAAAUUAAACAGAGUGAAAAAUUCUAAUUUUGCAAUCUAUCAUGAUCCAUCCAGAGGUCCAACAUUUGGAUAUCCAGAUUUAAGUAUUAGUGAUCGGUAA